UGAAAUUUCAUGCGUAUCAUUCUUACUCGGCGGUCAUCCUUUGCUUUGCAAUGCAUCCGUUUUCUCUCUUUUUUAACAGUUUUACAAAGAUCAAGCGGAACUUGGAAACCGAGUGGAGGAACGUAAUUGGUGUGGCACAGAGUAAGGGUGAAAGUUGAAGGAAAGAUACCACCGCAUAAUGUUUGUCUCCAAAGACCCGCUGAAAUACAGAGUCUGAGAACGGCAGCAAACUCAGCCGCGGAUUCACAACACAAUGAGAAAUACUGUAUGGAAAUUGUGAGGUCGAGAGACUAUGACGGGUUUGUGUGCUCUCUCCUCCUACCUGAGGAGGCCAGGCGCUCCUCCUUGGCGCUUAGAGCCCUCAACGUGGAGCUGGCUCAGGUGAAGGACUCAGUUUCCCAGAAGACCAUUGGACUAAUGCGAAUGCAGUUCUGGAAGACAGCCAUUGGGGAGAUCUAUCGAGAUGAGCCUCCGAUGCAGCCAGUCAGCACAGAGCUCUGGAAGGCGGUGAGGGAACACUACCUGACAAAGAGAUGGUUACUGAGGAUCAUAGAAGAGAGAGAGAAGGACUUAGAUGACAGAGCCUACAGGAACCUACAGGAGCUGGAAGCCUACUCAGAAAACACACAGUCCUCCUUACUCUACCUGUUACUGGAGUGUUUAGGUGUGAAGGAUGUACAUGCAGACCAUGCGGCGAGCCAUAUCGGUAAGGCCAAUGGCAUUGUGACGUGUCUGCGAGCCACUCCAUACCACAGCAGCAGGCGCAAGGUUUACCUGCCCAUGGACAUCUGUAUGCUGCACGGAGCAUCACAAGAAGAUUUCAUCCGGGGGAGCCGGGAAAAGAAUGUGCGAGAUGUCGUGUAUGACAUUGCCAGUCAAGCCCAUGUGCACCUACAACAUGCACGUUCAUUCAGCAAGGACGUCCCAGUGGCUGCCACACCAGCUUUUCUCCAAACGGUGGUGUUGGAGGACUACCUCCAGAGAGUGAGGAAGGUGGACUUCGAUGUGUUUCACCCAAGCCUGCAAAACAGAAACCCCCUCCUCCCCAUCCAGCUGUACCUCCGCUCCUGGAAGAGGAGCUACUGAUGACAGCAAAGUCUCCCUCUGCUCCCUUAUUUCAGUUCACACAAAGGAUCCCAAGGCUACAGCCUUCAAGUUCAGAGAGAUGAAUCCUCCUCAAACCUUGCCUUAACAUUGGGUCCCCGAAGGAAUACAGGCUUGUUUUGGAGCGCUGCACUGCUGCUGAAGUCAUAAAGAAAAAAAGAAAUGAGGUGAAGGGACCGGUGAUGUCAACUGUGAUAUUGACUGUCAGCCAGUGACUGCCUUGAGUGUGUGCUGACAUGGUGGGGUGACUUAUCUGAGAGAACAGAGGUUUCCCACGGCAUAAGAAUCAUGUUGUACCCGUACUGAACCUACCACAGCUAUGGUGCAGUAUCACGUCUCUGCAGUUAUCCAUUAGAAUAUGGCAUCUGCGUACAUGUACUAAACCAAACUGCACAAAAUACCUUUAGGCAAUCAAAAAAAUACACACCAAUAAUAGAAGUCAAUAGUUGUAAAGUGAUAAUCAAACUGCCAAUAUAGUUAUUAAACUAAUGUGAAGUAAACUCAUUUUGUA